AUGAAAGUAAGAAUCAAAGAAACUAUACCAUCUGGAAGAGAAACACAGAUUGAAGACCCCCCCUCAAGGACCACCUCACCAGGACCCCCCCCUCAAGGACCACCUCAUCAGGAUACUCCCAUCCCCUCAAGAACCACCUCAUCAGGACCUCCCCCUCAAGGACCACCUCAUCAGGACCUCCCACCUUCAAGGACCACCUCAUCAGGACCCCCCCCCCUCAAGGACCACCUCACCAGGACCCCCCCCUUCGAGGACCACCUCACCAGGAGCCCCCCCUUCGAGGACCACCUCAUCAGGACCCCCCCCUCUCAAGGACCACCUCAUCAGGACCCCCCGCCCUCAAGGACCACAUCAUUAAGACCCCCCCUCUCAAGAACCACCUCAUCAGGACCCCCCGCCCUCAAGGACCACAUCAUUAAGACCCCCCCCUCUCAAGGACCACCUCAUCAGGACCCUCCCCCCAAUCAAGGACAACCUCAUCAGGACCCCCCCCCCCCCCGCUCAAGGACCACCUCAUCAGGACCUCCCCCCCCUCAAGGAUAA